AUGGCGGUCACGGAAUCAACAAAAAGGCCAGAGGUGGUCGGGGCCCUGGCUUGUCAACGGAACUCAUAUCUGAAGACGUUAGAGGCAGAGGUCAUCUCUUGCGAGAAGCGCUCGUCGCCGGUUGCCAAGAAGAAUGGAGGCAAAGACAAGUCGAAGGAGUCCAAUGGUGUUGACAAGUCUGAGAUGUGGCUGAUUGAGUUUGAUGAUUCGGUUCUUUUUCCCGAAGGUGGAGGCCAGCCUUCAGAUCACGGCACCAUCACUCUGCUCGCAGGUGACUCAGAGACCCCUAUCCCGAUAGAAUUCGUAGAAAGAGUCGGCUUGCGCUGCGUCUAUCACUCUCCGCAGCCCUUGUCUCCAGGAGACCGCGUUCGUCAAGAAGUCGACUUCCAGAGACGAUGGGACCAAAUGCAACAGCACACCGGCCAGCAUCUCCUUUCAGCCGUCAUGGACACCCAUGAGAACCUCAACACCCUCGGCUGGGGGAUGGGCAAGAGCGGCGCAAUGAACUACGUCGACCUUCCCCGAAAGCCCACAGACGCCGAGUUACAAGCCAUCCAAGCUCGAUGCACCGAGAUUAUACGGUCCAGCCUGCCCAUUACAGUUGAAACCCCUGACGAUGCGAAAGUGCACAAGAUGCCCGAGGACUACGAUCAGAGCCAGGGUGUCGUUCGCGUGAUUCGCAUCGGAGACAUUGACCGCAACACAUGUUGCGGUACUCACUUGUCAUCCACCUCUCACAUUUCACUCAUCCUCGUCCAUCACGGCGAGUCAGUCCACGGAAAGAACUACCGCCUGUACUUUUCUGUAGGCGACCGAGCCAUCAAUCUGGCCACAGCGGCCAUCGGCGCCAUGAGCUCUGCCUCAAAACUACUGUCCUGCCCCAGCGCACCGCAGGAAGUCAUCCAGACUGUGAAAAGGACACAGGAAACUGCUUCCGAACUGAAGAAGAGAGAGAAGAAGCUCCUUGCCGAUAUCGCGCAGUUCGAAGGCGAAGCUGCGAAGGCGAAGCUAGAGACUAGCAAGGCUGUUUGGGUACAUCGUGGCGAUGGAAACGCCGACUUCGUCAAGGUGGUCACGGUCAAUGUCAAGGAUGCAUUGGCGGCGUCUGGCGGCUUGGUGGUUGUGGCUACUGGCGAGGACAAACAGGGUGGACAGCUUGUCGUCUUGGGGCAGAAGGCCGGCGUCGAGGCCUUGGUGCCGAAGAUCAAAGAACUGGUCAAGGACGUCAAGGGAGGAGGUGCUGGGGACAAGUGGCAAGGCAAGGUCACGACUUGGGAUAAAGGGGUGUUGGUAUCGCUGAAGGACUUGAUAGAAGGAUUCUCAUUCUAG